AUGCAGCAGACAGACCUUAUCUCGUCUAAAGAGUCUACCGGCACCGCGGAGAAGAAAGAAUUGAUUAUUCUUUCGAAUGGAACCGUUAUAGGAUGGAACUUUGGCGAACAACAACUCCUAGAAGUGGCUCCCCGGCUAUCAUCUGCGCUUGAUGAGCAAUACGCCUAUGAGAGUGACGAAUUUGACUUCAUCGAACUUGAGCAGCUUCCUCCCAAUCCCAAGAGCAACGGAAACUCGUACAUGAUUAACGAUAUUAUUCUUAUUCAGAAUGUCACCGAAGAAAAGAAGAUCCUAGAUAAGGUGGCCUUCUCGAUCGGAAUGUCUCGUUCGACCAGGGUAUCCAUUUUGGAGGACAAUCUCGAACAGUUUCUUAAAAUCACCAGACGCAACUCAGAUAGACUCUCCAAAGGCCUUCCUGUGACCGCCAGUGAGCACGACGUGCUCCAGCUCACCGGUAAAUUGUUCUUGCUCCGAGGCAAGUUGAAUCUCUAUAACGAGUUGAUUGAUACGCCAGACUUAUACUGGAGUGAGCCUACGCUUGAGAAAAUCUACCAGCAAAUUUCCACCAGUUUGGAUAUCAACUGGCGAAUUUCGAUUUUGAACCGCAAACUCGACUACGCCACAGAUGAACAACGGGCGUUUUUGAGUUUCUUGAACGAACGCAAGGGUACCCGUCUUGAGUGGACAAUUAUCAUCUUAAUCCUCAUCGAAGUGGGAUUUGAAACAUACCGAUUCUGGCAGGACACACGACCAGGGUCUUCUUCGGAAUAA